UGCAGGGACAUAAAUCUGUACUACGCCACAGGGACUGGUAUAACUGUGCUGGCUCACACGCACGGUGGCUGCCGACAUGACCUGGUAAUGAGCUUGGUGAAGUAAGCAAACGAAACAUGAUGCUGACCUAGUAACUUACUGGACCUGGAAACUCGGUCUUCUAUCUUCCAAACGACGACAGCUUGACAGGCAGACCCACCGACCGCAUGGAUAGCACGGACACUGUCAUCAGCAAAGCAGGCACUGAGGAUGCUCAGACAAUUGUCGACCUGUCUUCCGAGGUGCAGAACGCACUCACAGCAUCAGGAAGCCUGCAGCAGAUAGGGCCUCUCGAUCUUCAAGAUGUGAAGAAGGCAAUAGCAGCAGGACAUUGCUACGCGAUCAAAAACAAUGCACGCCUUGUUGGCUGUGCCUUUGUCAUACCAAUGACCCCAUCAGUCAUUGCAGAGGAAUACGAAGACCAGUCUCUCGAUAUCUCGCAUCAUGUGGAGCCCUGGCUGUACAUGCAUUCUAUUAUGCUUCGGCCUGAUCUUCAAGGGCGUGGACUGGGUAGAAUACUGAUAGAUGGCGCCGUGGAGUCCAUCGAAGCGAAGCACACCCGAGGCACAAUCUUCUUGGACUGCUGGGCUGGGAACGAUAAGCUGAAGGCUUUCUACAAACGUGUUGGCUUUGACUUUGUGCAGAUUGUACCGCAGAAGGAUUACGAGGUUGCUUUAUUCUGUCGGAAGCUGGAGAGUCGACAUCCAGAAGCAGGAUAGAGAAUGCACUCACACAAAGUACAAUUGCUCUCCUGUCCUGUCAUUUUAGAUCCUACUCUCCUUCAUAUAAAGGACUAUACAAAACAACGUUCAGGCACACCACACG